CGGCAGACACCGCUUUUAAGCUCCCACGUACGAUCCAGCGAGCGUUAGAGAAUCAAUGCCCUUUGCGACGCAAACUUCUUGAAGCUCGAGAUAGGAACUCGUCGGGGUUCCGAGCUGUUUCCCUCGGUCUCGAGAUGGAGCCUCGCGCUCGUGCUGGUAAGCAUGUUGGCAAGGAGACUUUCAAUCCCAAAGAGAUUGCCGCUCUGCUUUAUGCCUACGGUGAUGUUCGCGACCCUAUCCCGGAGACGGUGCGCGUGCUAGAUGAGAUUGUGACCGAGUUUUUGGAGGGCGUGUGCUUCGAGGCUAGUCGACAUGCUCAGGUGGCUGGUCGACAGAAGCUCAAGUUCGACGAUUUCGAGUUUGCAUUGCGCCGUAACCCGCAGUAUCUCGGGAAAGUCAAGGCCAUGAUCGAGAAGCGGCAGACCAUCAAGGAGAUGCGUAAGACCUUCAAUCAAGAUGAUGAUGCCCUUAUGAAAGACAUGGCUGCAAAAGACAAGGAUGUGAACAACCAAAAGCAAGAGGACGACGAGCUACUUGGUCUGGACGAUGACCUGGACCUAAAGGAGCUUGGGGCCGAGACUUCAUCUCGUGGUUCUGGCGCGAAGAAGAGGAAGGCCGGCGCAAAAUAAAGCCAAAGAAACCAUACUUGUUUCAACUCCCAUCGACUAGAUUCAAAAAUCGACUCAUGUCGACUCUACUAAACGCAUAGCACCGGAGUUUGGAGAUACCAGAUUGCUUUCAGCACGCAGGCCAUAAUGAUAGAUUACAUUUAGCAUCAUCAGCACACUGUCCAGAGAAUACAGCUUGCCUCAUUUAAUGCAGACAUUAAAGAGCCUAGCAUUCCAAGACUUUGUAUCGGUUCAGCGUCAUUUCACUCCUACAAUGGCGUGGUAUGAGCAGA